AUGGCGGCGCGGGAUUUGGAAGCGGCGGCGGUGGAUAUGCUGGCAAUGGUGGUUGUUACGGAAGUGGCGGAUAUGGCAGCACGGGAUAUGGAAGUGGUGGUGAUGGAUAUGCGGGCAAUGGUGCUGAUUAUGGAAGUGCAGGGCAUGGCAGUGGUGGUGGAUAUGGUAAUGCGGGAUAUGGUGGUUACAGUAGUGCUGCAGGUGGCGGCGAGUAUUCUAGCAUCAACAACAAUGCUGUUGCUGGUGGCUAUGGCGGCAUUGACGGAAGCUACAAUAAUGCCAGCAACUCGGGCGGAAGUGCUGUGGCGGAAGCUACACAAUAAUGCCAGCAACUCGGGUGGAAGUGCUGGUGGCUACGGCGGCGGUGGCGGAAGCUACAAUAAUGCCAGCAAUUCGGGUGGAGGUGCUGGUAGCUACGGCGGCGCUGGUGGCUAUGGCGCGGGCAACUACAACAGCGGAGCUGGCGGCAAUGCAGUCUUCGGCGAAAAGACCGGCAGUUUCAGUAGUGGGUAUUCUGCUGUUGCUGGUGGCAACAACGGCAGCGCUGGUGGGAACAAUUUCCCCAACAUGUAUGGUGCCGGCAACUACAACAGCGGAGCUGGCGGCAAUGCAGUCCUCGGUGAAAAGACUGGCAGUUUCAGCAGUGGGCAUUCUGCUGUUGCUGGUGGCAACAACGGCAGUGCUGGUGGGAACAAUUCCCCCAACACCUAUGGUGCCGGCAACUUCAACAGCGGAGCUGGCAGCAAUGCAGUCUUCGGCGAGAAGACCGACAGUUUCAGCAGAGGGAAUUCUGUUGUUGCUGGUGGCAACAACGGCGGCUACAGUGCUGGUGGAUACAAUUCCCCCAACACCUUUGGUGCAGGAAACUACAACAGCGGAGCUGGCAACAAUGCAGUCUUGGGCGGAAGCACUGGCAGUUUCAGCAGCGGGCAUUCUGCGGUUGCUGGUGGCAACAACGGCGGCUACAGUGCUUGUGGGUACAAUUCCCCCAACACCUUUGGUGCCGGAAACUACAACAGCGGAGCUGGCGACAGUGCAGUCUUGGGUGGAAGCACUGGCAGUUUCAGCAGCGGGCAUUCUGCGGUUGCUGGUGGCAACAACGGCGGCAACUUUGCUGGAAAUGUGAGCGGCAACUUUCCUGGCAGCCGCAAUGGCAGCAGCUAUGCCGGAGGAUUCGGCGGCGCCGAGACCCUUGGAGCUAGCAAGGUGCAGUACAACGGCCAAGACGACCUGCUGGGUGCUGACUACUUCUCCGAGUCGGAGGACCGUCAUGCGGGCAGGUCAGCGUAA